AUGCUUACUGAGAAACCUCAGCUUCCACUUCCACCAGUCACUGAGAUUAUACCAGGAGCUCCUGGAGAACCAGUGAGACCUGUUGCUGAACCAACUUCCCCUGGUCCACCUCCUCUUGCAGAAUUACCAACUCCUAGACCUACUGAAACGCCAAUUACACGUCCACCACCCCCACCUACACCUGGUCCAAUUCCUGUUGGCUGUGAGAGUUCAGAUGAAUGCCCAGAAGAUAAUUCAUGUGUUAAUAAAAUGUGCCUCAACGUUUGUUACCCAGGGCUGUGUGGUCCCAAUGCGGACUGCCAAACCCAGGGAAAUCGUCCAGUGUGUACUUGCCCUCCGGGAACCACAGGCAAUCCAACUAUCAAAUGUUCUGCAUUGGCUGUAGAAAAUCCCCCAGUGCCUCCAUCUCCAGUACCAGGGGAAGCUCCAAUCAAACCAGAUUCUCCAGUUAAACCUAUCCCAGGAACUUCAACAACUGGACUUCCUCCUCUCAUGGAACACCCAACACCUCGACCACCUGAGCCUCCUGUAACAAGACCGCCACCACCACCAAUAGUUCCAUCUGUACCUAUUGCAUGUGAAAAUAAUGAUGAUUGUGACACGGAUAAUUCAUGUCUGAAUAAGUUAUGUUAUGAUUCAUGCAGUUUAGGAAUAUGUGGUGAUGAUGCCAACUGUCAGACUUCUAACCAUAGACCAGUAUGCUUAUGCCCACCUGGAACCACGGGAGAUCCUCAAGUUAAAUGCCACGCAGUUUCUACAGUAAAACCUGAAACGGUGAAGCCAAUUGGAGAACUCAUACCCCUUCCUCCAGAUCAACCAGUAAAACCAAUUGAAGGUACUACAUCAGCGCGUCCUCCUCCUCUUGUGUCAGAAGUUCCUCCAAAACCAAAAUUACCUUUAUCACCAUUGCCACCUCCAGUACCUACACCUCCAACCCUACCUAUUGGCUGUGAGAGUAAUGAUGAGUGUCCAUAUGACAAUACAUGUGUAAACCGGCUCUGUCUUGAUGUGUGUUAUCCUGGCUUAUGUGGUGAAAAUGCUAAUUGUCAGACAGUUGAACAUCGACCAGCAUGUGUAUGCCCUCCAGGAACUACUGGCAACCCAACUAUUCAUUGUACUUCUCUAGUUACUGAAAAACCAACAACUCCAUUAUCACCUAUAGCAGGAAGUACUCCUUCACCUCCAGGUCAACCAAUUGUGCCAGGUGUUGGGCCUACGUCCGUCCAACCUCCUCCAUUGGUUGAAGAAACUACUUCAAGACCCCCAGAACCUCCAGUACGACCACCGCCUGCUACUCCAAUAAUUCCUCCAAUUGUCAUAGCUUGUAAAAAUAAUGAUGAAUGUCCAGUUGAUAAUUCAUGCUUGAAUCAUGUGUGCUAUGAUGCAUGUGCUAUUGGAAUCUGUGGGGAGGAUGCUGAUUGUAAAAUCAGUAAUCACAGGCCAGUUUGUACGUGUCCUCCUGGAACAACAGGAAACCCAACUGUUGGUUGUCAAGCUUUACUUACUGAACAAACAACUGUUCCAACACCCGAGAAGGAAAUUGUGCCAUUGCCACCAGACAGCCCUAUCAUGCCUGUAUCUCCUCCUCCAUCAACUGUUCCACCACCAGAGGCAGAUUUUCCAGAACCCAGACCAACUGAACUUCCUACUGCAAGACCUCCGUCCCCACCAAUGCCUCCACCUAACCCUGUAGGAUGCAAGAGUUCAGAAGAAUGUGAGUUUGAUCUUUCAUGUGUGAACAGAUUGUGCCUUGAUAUGUGUCACCCUGGAUUAUGUGGGGAAAAUGCAGAUUGUCAAACAACAGGUCACAGACCAGUAUGUGUAUGCCCACCAGGAACUACAGGAAACCCAACAUUAAAGUGUUCUGCUAUUGCUGUCAUAGAAUCUACUUUACCUCCUCCUCCUAUAGGAGAAGAUCCAACUUUACCUCCUGAUGAGCCUCUGAGACCUGUAUCACCACCACCAUCUACUGUACCACCACCUGAAGUAGAAAUGCCUAUCAUACCUUCAACAGAGUCACCACCACUGCCUCCACCACCUGUAAUAGUACCACUAAUUCAGAUCGCUUGUGAAAACAAUGAUGAUUGUGAUAUAGAUAACUCCUGCAUAAACCUCAUGUGUUAUGAUGUCUGCGCCCUUGGUAUAUGUGGUGAAAAUGCAGACUGCAAGACACUUAAUCACAGACCUGUUUGUUUAUGUCCACCUGGUACUACAGGAAAUCCACAGAAUAAAUGUACAGCUCUUGUUGUAGAUGAAAUUUUAACACCAGCUCCACCUAUCAGUGGAUCCACAACAGUUAUCAGCCAUCCAAUUGUUCCUAUUGAGGGAGCUACAACAAGGCUACCCCCUGUUGUUGAGACCCAGCCUCCAUCUGUUAAAGAGCCCCCCCUUACAAGGCCUCCUCCACCUAUUACAGAAGCUCCACUUCCUGCUGGAUGCAAGUUAAGUGGGCAGUGUGCUUUUGAUGAAAAAUGCCAUAAUCAUUUGUGUGUUAAAGUCUGCAGCCUUCUGCCAUGUGAUACCAACUCGGAAUGUUAUAGUGAAUUGCAUGAAGCUGUUUGUAGACCCAUAAAACCAAUAACUGCUCCUCCUGAAUGUGUGAUAGAUCCUGACUGUUUCACUACACAAGUGUGCAUCAGUAAUGUAUGCAGAGAUGUUUGUCUUACAAGUAAUCCGUGUGCUCCAUUGGCAGUUUGCAGUGCAGAAAAUCAUCGACCACAGUGUAACUGCCCACCAGGAUAUAUAGGCAACCCAUAUGUUUCUUGUCAAAGACCAGAACCUCCUACAACACCACCUACACCAUUAACAACACCUCGCCCGGAAUGUAUUGUUGACAAUGACUGUCCAUUCCAUUUAGCUUGUUUCAACCAAAGGUGCCUUGACCCUUGCACUUACCGAGAUGUGUGUGGUCAAAAUGCUGAGUGUACAGUAACAAUGCAUACUCCUGUUUGUAUUUGUAACCCAGGAUAUUCUGGCAAUCCCUAUAUUCAGUGUCUUCCACCAACAACACCUCCCCCAACCCAAGUACCUACUGUCCUGAGGCCGCAGUGUACUGUGAAUGAUGAUUGCCCUUAUGAUCAAGCGUGCUUCAGUGGAAACUGUCGGAACCCGUGUGUAGUAGCCAACCCAUGUGCCCCUACAGCCCUCUGUGAUGCCAUCAGGCACCGUCCCAUCUGUUCAUGUCCCCAAGGGUUAACAGGGGACCCCUAUCUUCAGUGCAUCAUUGAAGUCAUUACCCCUCGGCCUGAAUGCCUUGUGGAUGAUGAAUGUAGCGAUGCUUUGGCCUGCAUCCAGCAGCAGUGUCAGAAUCCUUGUACACUGGUGAUCCAUAUGUACGUUGUGAAAGGCCAGAAUGCACAUCAGAUCCUGAAUGUCCAUCAUGAACCUGUGGGAGAACCAUCUUUUAAAGAGUGUCAGUCAGAUGGUGAUUGUCCAAGCAAGUUAGCAUGUUUUGAUGGUCGCUGUGAUGAUCCAUGCUUAGUCAUCAAGCCUUGCGGAGUAAAUGCCAAAUGCAGUGUUAUUGACACUCUACCAUUCAGAACUAUGACCUGUGAAUGCCUUCCCGGAUUUUUGGGCAAUGCAUAUGUCGAAUGUACCCCACGUCCACCUGAACCACUGGGCUGCACCACAGAUGAUGAGUGUGGUCCAACUGAGGUCUGCCGUAACAGGCAGUGCCUUGAUCCUUGUGCAGUUCUAAAUCCUUGUGCUCCCAAUGCAGAGUGUCAGUCCCUCAAGUUGAGCCUCACUGUCGCGAAGAUCCUCAGUGUCCCACCAAUCAAGCUUGUAUCAAUCAAAUCUGUGUUGAUCCUUGCUUGGUUGAAGAUCCAUGUGGCCGCAAUGCUUUAUGCCGAACCCAGCAACACCGUCCUGUCUGUUACUGCCCUGAUGGUUGGGCUGGCAACCCACAGGUUGAAUGCUUCAAACGAUGAAGAGUGCCCCAACGACAAGGCAUGCAUCAACCAGAAUUGUGUCGACCCGUGUUCUUACAGUGGACCUGCUUGUGGCUUGAAUGCAGAGUGUCGAGCAAUCCUUCACAGAGCACAGUGCUUCUGCCCACCGGGAAUGCAGGGAAACCCAAGUGUUGCCUGUGUUACAGUAGGAUGUGUUUCCAAUGAUGACUGUGCUGAUGACAAAGCUUGCGACCGGCUUAACCGUGUUUGCGUUCCUGUUUGUGAAACAUCAACUUGUGGAGAACAGGCAGAAUGCAAAGCUGGCAACCACUUUGCCAUGUGUGUAUGCCCUCCACAUCUUACUGGCAAUGCAUUUAUACGGUGCUUCCAAGGAGCAGUUGAACCACAGUGUCGACAUGACACUGACUGUAAUGGUCAUGAGUAUUGUGAUGAGGGAACAUGUAUUCCUCUGUGUAGGAAGCAACCUUGUGGUUUAAAUGCCAUUUGUUCUGCACAAAACCACAACAGAUUCUGUGAAUGUGCUCCAUCCUACACAGGUGAUCCUUAUGUAGAAUGCAAAAAAAUGCCUCCUCUUCAAGAAAUGCCCAGGCCAGAAUGUAGUACAGAUGAUGAAUGCAGUGAUUCCGAGUCAUGUGUGAAUCAAAGAUGCAUUAACCCUUGUAUCCUUGAUGACCCUUGUGCUCGCAAUGCUUUCUGUCAUGCAAGAGAACACAGGCCAGUAUGUCGCUGCCCAGAAGGAUACAGCGGGAUUCCAGAAAAGGAAUGCAAACCAUGUGGAUGUGAAACAGACUUUGAUUGUCCGUACACUGAAAAAUGUUACAACGGAAACUGCCGUGAUCCAUGCACCACAGCCCAUCCCUGUGCCCCACUUGCCACUUGCGUGUCUGUUAAUCACAAUGCAACUUGCUCUUGUCGCCCAGGAUACACAGGCAACCCAACAGCUUCAUGUGAACCAAUUGGAUGUGCAUCCUCAGAUGAGUGUGCAAAUGAUGAAGCUUGUUUCAGAGGUUCCUGUGUUAAUCCAUGUGAGAUAAAUUCACCAUGUGGGUCAGGUGCUUCAUGUGAUGUACAACAGCACAUCACCACCUGCACCUGUAUUCCAGGAUACUAUGGUGAUCCAUAUACUACUUGUUUACCUGCUCCAACACCACAGUGUCAGUCAGAUUUUGACUGUAACCCAAACUUGGCAUGUGUAGAAGGAAUUUGUAAAGAUUUGUGUUUACACCUCAAACCUUGUGGAAACAAAGCUUUGUGUCGAGUAAUAGAUGUAAGUCAACAAAGGACUGUUGUCUGUGAAUGUCCCCCAAGUUAUACAGGUAGUGCUUACGAAGAAUGUGUAGAAAUUGAUACUCAUGAACCAAGUUGUAAAUAUGAUGUAGAUUGUCCAAUAUUCGAAACAUGUGUAAAUGGAAAAUGCCAAAACCCUUGUACUAAUAAUCCUUGUGGCUUACAUGCUGAAUGUCGACCAAUCAAUCAUCGUCCCAUUUGUUCCUGUCCAUCAGGAUACAAAGGUGAUGGAUUUAAUACUUGUUCUCCAGUAGACUGUAGAGAAGAUUCACAAUGCCAUGAUGACAGUGUGUGUUUCAACAAUCAGUGCAUUGAAGCAUGUUCAUUAUCCAAGUCUUGUGGUCCUGGUGCUCAGUGUUCCGCAUCAAAACACACCACAGAGUGCAAAUGUCAACCAGGUUAUUCAGGGGACCCAUAUGUCUCAUGUACAACCUUAGGAUGCUCAGAAGAUACAAGCUGCCCAUCUACACAUGCUUGUUUAAAUGGAAAGUGUGUUGAUCUUUGCAAAGUAAACAACCCAUGUAGUGUAACUCAGACAUGUAGUGUAACCAACCAUCGUCCAGAGUGUACCUGUUUAAAAGGCCUUACAUUGGAAGAUGGUAUUUGUCUACCUAAAACCAUUGAGCCUAAACCAAGCUGCACAUCUGAUCUUGACUGUGGCUCUGGAGAAGGAUGCAUGGAUGGUAAAUGUGAAAAUCUGUGUGACAAAAAUCCAUGUGGUCAUCAGGCAACAUGUACUGUGCUGAGUGGUCCUUUAGCCACUGUAAUAUGUCAGUGUGCACCUGGGUUUACUGGAGAUCCUAUGAAAGCAUGUAUAGCAACACCCUCCAUAUUACCAGGCUGCAAUUCGGAAAAAGAUUGUGCAUCAUAUGAAACAUGUUCAGAAGGUCAAUGUGUGGAUCCAUGCAAAUUAUCUCCUUGUGCCCCUGGAGCACUCUGUAGAACUCUUAGUCAUCGUACUAUAUGUUCAUGUAAUCCUGGCAGCCAUGGUGACCCCUACACGCUUUGUACUCCAGGCAAGAUUGAUACUGUUGAAGACUGCCAGAGUGACAUUGACUGUCCCUUGCUGCUAUCUUGUGUAUCUGGUGAAUGUCAGAGCCCUUGCCCUGCUGGUUGUGGUACUGAUGCAUCCUGUUCAGUUAUUGAUCAUCGGCCAAUAUGUCACUGCCCAUCUGGCUAUGCAGGGGAUCCCGAAGUUGGAUGUUUUAAAGUUGACUGCAAGUCAGACAGAGACUGCCCAUCCUCUAAAGUGUGCAAGAAAUUUUACUGUGAAGAUCCAUGUAUCAAGGAAAACCCCUGUCCACCCAGUGCUCAGUGUGUGACAGUGGACCAUCGUUCACAGUGUCAGUGUCCUCCUGGUACCUCAGGCAAUCCAGCAAUAUCAUGUAAGAUCAUGGAAUGCACAGCUGACAAUGACUGCAGAAACUUUGAAGCAUGUGUUAAUGGUGAAUGUAAGGAUCCAUGCAUUUACUAUAGCCCUUGUGCUGCAAAUGCAGUUUGUAAGGUUACUGAUCACAGUUAUGAAUGUAGCUGUCCUAUAGGGCUUCAGGGUAAUCCUCAGUAUCACUGCUCCCUUCCUAAAGAACCAAGUGGGUGUGUUAUAGAUCAAGACUGCCCACUGACUCAUGGCUGUAUCUUGGAAUCUCUUGUCACUCGCUACCACAGUAAUGUAUCGGCUGUAUAUAUCCGCCUUGAUGACUCCGAUUCCAAAUCGGUUUGCCGUGACCUCUGUAAAGAGCAUAAACCUUGUGGAGCUAAUGCAAUUUGUUCUGUUAUUGACUCCAAGCCACGCAGAUCAAUGAGUUGUGCCUGUCCACCUGGAUACCAUGGAGAUGCAAAAAUUGAGUGUCGUGAAAUUCCAUCACAAGGUGGUUGUGUAAAAGACACAGACUGCCUUUUUAGUGAGGCUUGUGUAAAAGGUGCCUGUCGGGAUCCUUGCAAUUGCGGUAUCAACGCACAAUGCCAUGUUGUCAGUCAUCGACCAUUUUGUACUUGUGCUCCUGGUUAUACGGGCAACCCAGGCACUGCAUGUCAUAGAGUGCAAUGUGCCGAUGACAUUGAUUGUCCAGGUAACAAGGCUUGCAUUGACUUCAAAUGUGUUAAUCCUUGUGAAUCUCCUUCAUCAUCUUGUGCACCAACAGCAGCCUGUGAAGUGACAGACCAUGAAACACAAUGUACAUGCAUACCAGGAGAUCGUGGAGACCCAAAUCUACAGUGUGUAGCAUUAGGGUGCCGUAAUAAUGAUGAGUGCCCUCCUAGUCAUGCUUGUAUAAAUGAAGAGUGCAAAAACCCAUGUGACUUAAGUAUCUGUGGUGUUGGAGCAUUAUGCAAUGUGUUUAAACAUAAUCAGACAUGCAGUUGUCCUGAGGGGUAUACAGGGGACCCUUAUGUAGCAUGUCGCCCACAGUUAACUGCAUGUUUGGUCGAUCAUGAUUGUGGCAUUGGGCUGGUAUGUUUGCGAGGAGCAUGUUCUGAUCCUUGCAAGCAAGAAAAACCAUGUGCACCAAAUGCCAUGUGUACAGUGCAAGAAACAAGGCCCAUCAAGUCUGUCACCUGUACUUGUCCAGCAGGUUUUACUGGUGAUGCAAAAACUCAGUGUCGGAAAAUAACACCACCUCCAGAGUCACCUUGUUCAAGGGAUUCAGAUUGUCCAGCCACCUUGGCAUGCCUGAAGGGACAGUGCCUUGACCCAUGUUCAUGUGGAGAAAAUGCUGUUUGUAAGGUGACCAAUCACCAUCCAAUAUGCUCUUGCACAGUUGGAUAUCAAGGAGAUCCAUACACUGCCUGCUAUUCUAGUGCCAAGUGCUCUGCCAGUGCUCAUCAGGGUGUAUGUCAGUGCCCUCCUGGGUACAUAGGAGAUCCAUCAUUCAGGUGUGAAAUCUCUGAUGAGCCUGGGGAUGAAUGCUCUCAAGAUAAAGAUUGUCCCAUGGGCUGUGCACGUGAUGCUGAUUGUGCCCCUGAUUUGGCAUGUGUUGGCCGAGAGUGCCGUGAUCCAUGUGACUGUGGUAUCAACGCUCUUUGUAAUGUUGUUAACCACAGACCCAUCUGCACCUGUGCUUCAGGUUAUGAAGGCAAUCCACAGAUUGCUUGUACUGCUACUGGAUGCAUAACUGAUUCGCAAUGCCCAGAUGACCGUUCUUGCUAUAAUGGCAACUGUGUAAACCCAUGUCUCGUUGAUAAUCCAUGUGCACCAAAGGCAGAAUGUCAGCCUAUUGUACAUAAGGCUAGAUGUUUCUGCCCAUCAGGUACUAGAGGAGACCCACUCACUCAGUGCAUAGUAAUUGGCUGCUCUGCAAACAGAGAUUGUCCACACGACCGCAUGUGCCUCAAUGGGCGUUGCUUAGAUCCUUGCAUUUACAACAACACAUGUGCACCAAAUGCACAAUGCAGAGGUAUAAAUCAUGCUGUAGAUUGUCGUUGCCCCCCUGGAUUGGAAGGGGAACCAUCAAUUGCUUGCACUGAAAAGCAAAGACGUGAAUGCCGUUCAGACUAUGAUUGUGAGGUUGGAUUUGGCUGCAUGAACAGUGUAUGUCAGAAACCAUGUGACAUUCUUGAACCUUGCGGUAAUCCAACUGUGUGCACUCUAGUGGACACACACCCACUGAAGACUAUGACAUGCACUUGCCCAGAACAUAUGGUCGUUUCUCAGCAAGGAGAGUGCGUUGAAUUGCAAACCCCCAUAGGUGUUGGAUGCCGAGCUGACAGUGAAUGCCCAAGUAAUACAGCAUGCUUAAAUACCCACUGUGUUACUCCUUGUGACUGUGGGGAAAAUGCAGAAUGCAGAGUGUUAGAUCAUCGCCCUAUUUGUACCUGCCUUCCUGGAUUUAUUGGCAAUCCUAACACAGGAUGUUAUAAAGCUGGUUGUAGUGUUGAUGAGGACUGUCCACAAAACAAGAUGUGCUCCAACAGUGUUUGUGUAAAUCCUUGUUUUGUUAGGGAUCCAUGUGACAUAAGUGCUGAAUGCUAUCCUGAAAUGCACAAAGCACAGUGUCGCUGCCCCCCGGGCCUUGAAGGAGAUCCAUACGUACGUUGUGAAGUAAUAGGCUGUCGCAGCAACUCUGAAUGUCCCACAGAUAAAGCUUGUAUUAAUCGUCAGUGUGUUGACCCUUGUCUUUACAAUAAUGAAUGUGCACCAAAUGCUGUAUGUUAUGUUUUCCAACAUACAGCUGGUUGUCAUUGCCCUCAGAACCUACCUUAUGGUGACCCUAGGUUCAUGUGCGAAGACAGGACCAUUGAAGUUGAUGACCCUACGCCUGAAUGUCGUUUUGAUCCAGACUGUCCAAGUCAGAGAGCAUGUAUUGAGGAACGUUGUGUCAACCCAUGUCAUAUAUUAAAUCCAUGUGAUUCAACAGCAGAAUGCCAAGUAGUAGAUUCUAUUCCAGUAAGGACUAUGAUUUGUAUAUGUCCUGAAGGUUUUGUAAUGACAGAAGAAGGAACUUGUAAGCUAGUCGAGAUAACAAUUCCUCCUGGUUGUAUAGCUGACAGUGAAUGCCCCUCAGAAGAAGCAUGUAUCAAUCGCAUGUGCCGCAUCCCUUGUGACUGUGGCCGUAAUGCAGAUUGUAAGAUCAUUAAUCACCGGCCAGUUUGUACAUGUCAAGUUGGUUUCCAGGGUAAUCCAGAUAUUGGUUGUUUCCCAAUUGGAUGUCAAAUAGACAAUGACUGUGAAGAUGAUCAAGCUUGUUAUGAUGGAGUUUGUGCCAACCCAUGCUUAGUAAAUGAUCCUUGUUCGAGAAAUGCUGAAUGUUAUGCACAGCAACAUCGGGCAUUUUGCCGUUGUCCAUCUGGUUUACAAGGUGAUGGUUAUAAUGAAUGUAUUGUUAUUGGAUGUAGAGCCAACUCAGAAUGUCCUAUUGAUCGUGGCUGCAUCAACACCCAGUGCGUAGAUCCAUGUAUGUAUGAGAAUCCUUGCCCACCAUCUGCAGAGUGUCUCAAUAUCAAUCAUGAAGCCCAAUGUCGCUGCCCAGUUGGAAAAACUGGAAAUCCAAAGAUUCACUGUGACGACCCAAUUCCUGAACCUGAAUGCCGUACUGAUGGAGAUUGCCCAAGUCAGCAUGCCUGUAUUGAUGAAAAAUGUGUAAAUCCUUGCAAAGUUCUAGAUCCAUGUCAUGAAAGUGCCACCUGCCGUGUAAUAGAUACAUUACCAGUUCGUACAAUGCUUUGCAUUUGUCCUGACGGCAUGGUAACAGAAGUAGGGGGAACGUGUGAACUGCUACCUCCAAUUAAACCUGGUUGUGAUUCAGAUCCUGAAUGUCCAUCAGAUAAAGCUUGUUUCAAUGGUUUUUGCAAGGACCCUUGUCAGUGUGGUGCAAAUGCAAAUUGUGAGAUUGUAGAACAUCAUCCCGUUUGUUCAUGCAAGAGAGGAUAUGAAGGUGAUCCAGAAAUCCGAUGCUAUGAAAUAGGAUGCUACAGCAAUGAAGACUGUCCACCUACACAUGGUUGUCGUAAUGGUCAGUGUGCCCCAGUUUGUGGUCCUAACAAUGAACCCUGUGGAGAAGAAGCAGUUUGCCAAGGUGUCAACCAUGAGGCAGUCUGUUUCUGUCCACCGGGAUCCAGAGGUAAUCCUCGCACUCAGUGCACUGCCAUUGGUUGUGUGGCUGAUGACUCAUGUCCAAAUGACAGAAGUUGCAUUAACCAGCGCUGUGUGAGUCCCUGCACUUUUGACCCUUGUGAAGAACCUGCAACUUGCCGAGUACUGGAUCACUCUGUAGAGUGCCCCUGCCCACCAGGUUUUAAUGGUACCAGAGAUACAGGUUGUGAAAAGAUUGUCAUUGGAUGUAGGUCUGAUGGAGACUGUCCCAGCAAGACUGCCUGUAUCAAUGGUGACUGUAUUAAUCCAUGUGAAUUAGAACCAUGUGGAGAAAAUGCAGAAUGCAGAGUCAUUGACACCAUACCAAUAAGAACAAUUGCUUGUGAAUGCCUCCCAGGGUACCAAGGAGAUGCUGCUGAAAAAUGUGUCCUUAGUAAGACAUAA